AUGACUCCCAUGGCUUGUGAAAUUCAACACAAAGCAGAGAAAAGUAAAUUAAGGCAAGAUCAAAAAAUCAGUGAUGAAAAAAAAAGAAGUAAAUUAGUGCGGAGAAAAUUAAGAAUUAAGAUUCCCAGGUUCAGAUAUGAACUCAAUGAUAAAAUGAGAUCUAAUAGAACGUUUCAACCAUCAACGGAACGCUUCCAUUCCACCCACGUUUCUUAA